GCCCGAGUGCUAGUGCCCAGGCGGCGGCGGACGGCCCAGCUGCAGCGCUUGGGGCUCAGGGUCGCGCCGGGGUCUGGCCACUGCUGGGGACCCUGGGGCCGGGAGGCGGCCAGGCCCUGAUCGCCAGAGGAGUGCGAGCGGCCUGGCGGCGCCGCGAUGCCGCUCGCCCAGCUCAAAGAGCCCUGGCCGCUCAUGGAGCUGGUGCCGCUGGACCCAGAGAAUGGACAGGCCUCAGGGGAAGAAGCUGGACUUCAGCCAUCCAAGGAUGAGGGCGUCCUCAAGGAGAUCUCCAUCACUCACCAUGUCAAGGCUGGCUCCGAGAAGGCUGAUCCAUCUCAUUUCGAGCUCCUCAAGGUUCUGGGCCAGGGAUCCUUCGGCAAAGUCUUCCUGGUACGCAAAGUCACCCGGCCUGACAACGGACACCUAUAUGCUAUGAAAGUGCUAAAGAAGGCAACCCUGAAAGUACGUGAUCGUGUUCGGACCAAGAUGGAGAGAGACAUUCUGGCUGAUGUAAACCACCCAUUUGUGGUGAAGCUGCACUACGCCUUUCAGACUGAGGGCAAGCUCUAUCUCAUUCUGGACUUCCUGCGCGGUGGGGAUCUCUUCACGCGGCUCUCAAAAGAGGUUAUGUUCACUGAAGAAGAUGUAAAGUUUUACUUGGCUGAGCUGGCUCUGGGCCUGGACCACCUGCACAGCCUGGGCAUCAUUUACAGAGACCUCAAGCCUGAGAACAUCCUUCUGGAUGAGGAGGGCCACAUCAAACUGACUGACUUUGGCCUAAGCAAGGAGGCCAUUGACCAUGAGAAGAAGGCCUACUCUUUCUGUGGGACAGUGGAGUACAUGGCCCCAGAGGUCGUCAACCGUCAGGGCCACACGCACAGUGCAGACUGGUGGUCCUAUGGGGUGCUGAUGUUCGAGAUGCUGACAGGCUCCCUGCCCUUCCAGGGGAAGGACCGCAAAGAGACCAUGACCCUGAUUUUGAAGGCAAAGCUAGGCAUGCCCCAGUUUCUGAGCACGGAAGCCCAGAGCCUGCUGCGGGCCCUGUUCAAGCGGAAUCCUGCCAACCGGCUCGGGUCAGGUCCUGAUGGGGGAGAGGAGAUCAAGAGGCAUGUCUUCUACUCCACUAUUGACUGGAAUAAGCUGUACCGACGUGAAAUCAAGCCUCCCUUCAAGCCAGCUGUGGCUCAGCCCGAUGAUACCUUCUACUUUGACACUGAGUUCACAUCCCGCACUCCCAAGGAUUCCCCAGGUGUUCCUCCCAGCGCUGGCGCCCAUCAGCUAUUCCGUGGCUUCAGCUUCGUGGCCACUGGCCUGAUGGAGGACGAUGGCAAACCUCGGGCCACACAGGCACCCCUGCACUCAGUAGUACAGCAACUCCAUGGGAAGAACCUAGUUUUUAGUGACGGCUACGUGGUAAAGGAGACCAUCGGUGUGGGCUCAUACUCCGAGUGCAAGCUCUGUGUCCACAAAGCCACCAACAUGGAAUAUGCCGUCAAGGUCAUCGACAAAAGCAAGAGGGAUCCCUCAGAAGAGAUUGAAAUUCUUCUGCGGUAUGGGCAGCACCCCAACAUUAUCACACUAAAAGAUGUGUACGAUGACGGCAAGCACGUGUACCUGGUGACAGAGCUGAUGCGGGGCGGGGAGCUCCUGGACAAGAUCCUGCGGCAGAAGUUUUUCUCGGAGCGGGAGGCCAGCUUUGUCCUGCACACCAUCGGCAAGACCGUGGAGUAUCUGCACUCACAGGGGGUUGUGCACAGGGACCUCAAACCCAGCAACAUUCUCUUCGUGGAUGAGUCUGGGAACCCCGAGUGCCUGCGCAUCUGUGACUUUGGCUUCGCCAAACAGCUGCGGGCUGAAAAUGGGCUUCUCAUGACACCUUGCUACACAGCCAACUUUGUAGCCCCUGAGGUGCUAAAGCGCCAAGGCUACGAUGAAGGCUGUGACAUCUGGAGCCUGGGCAUUUUGCUGUAUACCAUGCUGGCUGGAUACACUCCAUUUGCCAAUGGGCCCAGUGACACACCGGAGGAGAUCCUGACCCGGAUUGGCAGUGGAAAGUUUACUCUCAGUGGAGGAAACUGGAACACGGUUUCCGAGACAGCCAAGGACUUGGUAUCCAAGAUGCUGCAUGUGGAUCCUCACCAGCGUCUCACGGCCAAGCAGGUCCUGCAGCACCCAUGGAUUACCCAGAAAGAUAAGCUUCCCCAGAGCCAGCUGUCCCACCAGGACCUGCAGCUGGUGAAGGGAGCCAUGGCAGCCACGUAUUCCGCACUCAACAGCUCCAAGCCCACACCCCAGCUGAAGCCUAUCGAGACCUCCAUCCUGGCCCAGCGGCGGGUGAGGAAGCUGCCGUCCACCACCCUGUGAGGGGCUGGGGCAUCUGGGCCGCAGGGCAGUGCUUGAUGGAGGCAGCAUCCCUCCUGGAGGGAGCAGGCCUAAGUUACAGGGCAGAGUGAACUGGAGCCCCCAGGGGCCCAGAUUACCCUACAAGGGUGUGAGAAGUGCCUUCUCCUUCCCCACGAUGGACUCUUCUUGGCUCAGGCUCUGCUGGUUGACACUGAUUCACCAAUCAUUUUUAAAGGGAAAGAAAAUGACAUCAACCACCAUGAAUUUUUCCAAAAUCCAUUUGCCUUUCUGGGAGUUGAAAUAGCCAGCCCUGGGAGGGCACUGAGCACACUGCGGCUGCCUGUGGCUAAGACUCCUUGGAGCAGCUCUGGGGUCCUAUCCUAGGGCCCCACAGUGGGCCUUCUGGCACCAUGUGCACAUACCCGUGAGGCAGCCCAGCACUGCCUCUCAGAGCCACUGGCUGUUUGGCAGAGCUCACCGUAUCCCCACCCAGAGACUCUUCUGUCUGUUCUGCCACGGGCACCAGAACCACUUCCACUAGAACAGCCUUGCUGGCUCGGAAGUUCCUGGCUCCAGCCACCAGCAUUCACACGGCCCACCUGGGGGCCCUGCAGUCAGGUGGGCAGCACCCGGGAGAGGAUGUGGCAGGCACUUUCCGGCAGGCUUCUGUGGGGUCUGCCACUGGACAGAAUUCACUGGAAACCAGGGCGCUGGUUGUAAGGUCAGGGGCUUUUUCCAUUUCUUCCUCAGCUGGUAACUCAGGGUUCAUCUGUCCAUGGCCUUUCUAAUAAACUUACAAUUGAUUUGAAGCACACACUCCUCCUCUUUUCAUCCUUGACUUUGCCCUCUCUGCUACUUGGGUGUCAAGGCCUUUAGCAGGAGCAAGGUACAGGCCAGGGCCAGUCAGCCUAGCUUCCUGGCAUUCAGUUCACCGAGGCAUCUGCAGGAACCGUUCCCUCCCUCUGGCCUUGCCACACUUUGCCUGCCAGGGGUUCCACUGUGGUGUUCAUAACACAACACUGGAAACCGAGGGCCAAGCACUGUGACUGAUCUCUCAUAAUUUUUGUUUUUGAGAUGCUAGAGGUCAAACCUAUGAACCUGACG